AUGGCAUCUUCAGCGUCCCUUCCAACCUCUUUCUCGAAAGACCCCCAACCUCGGGUGGAACCCCCAGCAGGACCGAGCAAUGUCGUGCCUACUACAAGGCCUCCACUCGAGGUUCAUCCAACAGCCCAUCUCGACCCUCAAGCUUAUAUCCAGGGAACAUCCACCAUCACCCUAGGCGCAAAUGUCGUUAUCCACCCACGAGCCCGGUUGGUCUCCGUCCAUGGCCCUCUAACAAUUCGCGCCGGAAGCGUCAUACUAGAACGAUGUGUUGUUGGAGGACCCGUUCCUGAUCCAAAAGAGCCGCUGCCGCCACCACCCGAGGCGCCUGUCAACACUGUCGUCGCGCAGAACGUGCUGCUUCAGGCAUCCGCUGAAGUUCAAGCGGGUGCUUUUCUGGACGAAGCUUGCUUGAUCGAACCUCGAGCUGUCAUCAAGAAAGGUGUGCAUAUUGGCAAGCACACCAAGGUAUGUGCUGGCUGCGUGGUAGACAGAUCUGUGAGGGAUUGGACGGUGUUGUGGGGCGAUGGCCAGACACGUCGGCUGCGUACGGGCGCCAUAGACCCUGAGGAUGGUCGAUUAAAGGCAUUGGAGAUAGACAGAGAAUCCACAGCAGGGUUGUUAACAACGGCAGCCGCGAAAGCAACCUUGGGAAAACGCAGAGCAUGA